CUAACAGUGCAAUGGAACUCUCCUACCAGGCGCUCCGAGUUGCUUCCCAGAACCGAGAGGCGGAAGAAUUGCGCACAGAAGCCCGGAGGAAGAACCUUCUGAUCCUUAUCAUGCAUUACUUGCUGCAGGAGGGGUACAUGGAUUCUGCCAAUUCCCUGGAGCAGGAAACCAAAAUCAGCUUGAGGCGAUUCGAUGUCUGCGACAAUGUUGACCUUGAGACCAUCUUAAUGGAGUAUGAAAGCUAUUAUUAUAUCAAAUUUCAAAAAUACCCUAAAAUCACCAAGAAAGCGUUAGAUCAUGAUAGCCGAGUGCAGUCAAAACCUCGGAGUGCGGGAAAGCUGAGAAGAGCAGGCAGUAACUCUACACAAGGGCUUCCAAGGAUCGCCCAGCAGACAGUUCUUCAUAGGCCAGUCUCAGGCUCCUACUUUAGGACCCAUGCUCAUCAGAAGGCACUGAGCAGGGAAAAUUCAAAACAGGAGAAUGGAGGGAACAGCCCUCGAGAGGCCUCUGAAAUUGGGUUAAAUGUGUCGGCAAUCAGCAAGACAAGUGGAGAAGGAGGCCAGACACGGAGGCGGCAAGUCAUUGAUUUUCGCAGCAUGAUCCAAGACACAAUUAAGGGGGCAUCUCAGGAAAUAGCGCUGAAUAGUCUGAACUGCAAUCCAGACCCUUCAGAGCGUUUAAUUAAACCCGUGGGUGCAUUUAUUGGUGGAAACAGUGAGAUGAGGGAACUGGCAGCUGUGAUUAGCAGGGAUAUUUAUCUCCAGAACCCGAAUGUGAGAUGGGAUGAUAUUAUUGGUCUGGAUGCAGCCAAACGACUGGUGAAAGAAGCAGUGGUCUAUCCCAUAAGGUAUCCACAGCUGUUCACAGGGAUACUCUCUCCUUGGAAGGGAUUAUUAUUAUACGGACCACCAGGAACUGGAAAGACAUUGCUAGCCAAGGCAGUGGCCACAGAAUGCAACACAACCUUUUUUAACAUUUCAGCUUCUACAAUUGUCAGCAAGUGGAGAGGAGAUUCAGAGAAGCUAGUACGGGUGUUGUUUGAGCUUGCCAGAUACCAUGCUCCCUCUACUAUUUUCUUGGAUGAACUGGAGUCUGUGAUGAGCCAGCGAGGGACUGGGCCAGGGGGGGAACACGAGGGAAGUCGGAGGAUGAAAACAGAAUUAUUGGUGCAGAUGGACGGCUUGGCCCGAUCUGAUGAUCUUGUAUUUGUCCUGGCUGCUUCUAAUCUGCCGUGGGAGCUCGACUACGCUAUGCUGAGGCGCCUGGAGAAGAGGAUUCUGGUCGAUUUGCCCAGUAAGGAAGCUCGACAGGCAAUGAUCCAGCACUGGCUGCCUCCCGUUAGCAACAGCUCAGGAGUAGAACUAAGAACGGAUCUAGACUACAGCACCCUGGGGGCGGAGACCGACGGCUACUCCGGUUCGGACAUUAGGCUGGUUUGCAAAGAGGCAGCUAUGAGGCCAGUAAGGAAGAUCUUUGACGCACUUGAGAAUCACCACUCAGAGCACAAGAAUCUGCCAGUUAUCAGUCUGGACACGGUGACCACGAGCGACUUCUUAGAGGUUCUUGCCCACACCAAGCCCUCGGCCAAGAGCCUGGCAGAGAAAUACGCAGCAUGGCAGAAGGAAUUCGAGUCUGUGUAGCAGGACGUGCCCGCGGGUGGCAAAGCUGCCGCUGUAUCAGCACCAAACCCAACUGCCCUCUAACCACCUGAGCCGGGACUCACGCACCCAACCAAAGAGACUUUUUAUUUAUGGUUUAUUUAUUAUAGUGACAAAUAAACACUCAUUUGCUUCAAACAGG